AUGGUCCUAUUUCACAGUCGACAAGCUCUUCUCAUUGGUAAAGCCCCUAUCAUCGUCGUCCAGCGUCACGUUCUCCAAACGCGUUCCUUCUUUACCGUGUUUCAAAAAUAUCUGGAAGCAAACAAACGUUUUGGAUGGCAACAAACGCUUUGGAAACUUUACAAUGUCGGGGAUGUGAAAUUUGGACGAUUGGUGGGCAAAGAUGCGAAUGGAUUCAAGUAUUACGAAGAUCCAACGGAAGUGUAUGGACAACAUCGAUGGACGGAAUAUAAAGUGGAUACAUUUGACGAAGUGGAAGGCACACUUGUUCCACCCGAGUGGCAUUUAUGGAUGCAUCAUGUAACGGAUUCACCACCGAAUGAAGGAGGUCAAGAUCCUCAUAAUUGGGAAAAAACAGAGACAGUGGCUCAUUCGGAUGCACCAUUUACUACUCAUUUGGGGGACCAUGUGCCAUAUUAUCCAAACAAGACGCUCUAUCGUUCACGUGGUUAUAAUGUUGGUAGUUUGGCUACGAAACCGGAUGAACCGGAUCAGUAUUAUCUCCAACCUGGUCAUUUGCGUCGCACACGUAAGCACAAGCAGCAUUUUUUUGCUCAUGUGGAUUACAACAAUCCAGAAAACUCGGACGAGACUCGUGAGCAAUUCUUGCGUCCUGCGGACGUGAACUAA